AAUGCAGCAUUCUUCCCACUAGCAUUUACUGUUUGUAGCUCAGUUAGCUCUGUCAUUAAGUCAGUUGGCCAGCCUUCAUACAGCCUGCUGGACGCACAAAAGCAGUGGAUGUCUGUCAUUUUUACUACGAAACAGACGAGUAGAGCAGCAGGUGAACAUUUCGGGUGCAUGAUAUCGGUUGAGAUGUAUAAUAAGCUGCAUUGGACAUUAAGGACCUACCUGGCUACCAGCCUAUCAACUGACAGCUGUCACCGCACCUAGCUGCUUAGCUAGCUGCCUAGGUGAGCUAACGGCUAACAAGUGUUUUUUGGGCUAACUUAACCAGCCAGUGCUGCUCUCCGUUAAGAGUGGAAAGUGGUGACUUGCGCAUCAACGUUAUAUCUCAUUAUUUUCUCAACAAUAGUCGACUCCGCCUGCUGUUCAAAUGAGUUAGCCAAAGAACGUCGGACCGCAGUGUUUGGAAUAUUUUGAGGUCCAGCUAGUUAGCUAGCAUUUAGCUUAAAGCUAGCUGAGUAAAUUCAUUCAAUUAUUGAAAACCUGCCAAAGCGUUAACGUUAACACCAGGACCUCAACAAACAGUGUUAUCCAAUCACAGUUGUUUUGCUGUUACGAUACUUAUAUAUAUUAAUAUAUAUUGGACUUAGCCGUGCUUUAGAUAACCUUUGGGGGGGUGGGGGGGGAGAAAUGAAGAAAUUUUUUGAUUCUCGUCGGGAGUUGGUGAGCUCUGGGCCUGGCUCCGGAGUCGGUGGAGGAGGCGCUGGUUCCGGCGGCGGUGGCAGCUUCAUCGGACGGGUCUUCACCAUCGGACGAUAUCAAGUGACCGUCGAGGAAAUCGUCGCCGAAGGAGGGUUUGCGAUCGUUUUUUUGGUGCGGACUCAUCAAGGCGUACGUUGCGCACUAAAAAGGAUGUAUGUCAACAAUGAACAUGAUCUGCAAGUCUGCCAACUUGAGAUACAGAUUAUGAGGGACCUAGUGGGCAACAAAAACAUAGUUGGUUAUCUGGACUCCAGCAUAACUGCAGUUGGAGCUGAUGAUGUGUGGGAAGUCCUAAUCUUAAUGGACUUCUGUCGAGGUGGUCAGGUGGUUAAUCUAAUGAACCAGCGGUUACAGACAGGCUUCACUGAAGCCGAGGUGUUACAGAUCUUUUGUGACACGUGCGAGGCGGUCGCUCGUCUCCACCAGUGCAAGAAUCCAAUCGUCCAUCGAGAUCUCAAGGUGGAAAAUAUCCUUCUGCACGACCGGGGACAUUACGUGCUCUGUGAUUUUGGAAGUGCCACCAACCACUUCCAAAACCCUGAGACAGAGGGGGUGGCAGUCGUGGAGGAGGAAAUCAAAAAGUACACUACUCUGUCAUACCGCGCUCCAGAGAUGAUCAACCUCUAUGGUGGAAUGAUAAUCACAACAAAGGCAGACAUUUGGGCCAUGGGUUGUCUUCUCUAUAAGCUGUGCUACUUCACGCUACCUUUUGGGGAGAGCCAAGUGGCGAUCUGUGAUGGAAGUUUUACGAUUCCAGACAACUCCCGAUACUCCCAGGACAUGCACUGUCUCAUCAGAUACAUGCUCGAACCUGACCCAGAUAAGAGACCAGACAUCUACCAAAUAUCCUACUUUGCCUUUAAACUGGCCCGACGAGAGUGUCCGGUCCCAAAUGUACAUAAUUCACCUAUUCCUGCAAAACUUCCCGAGCCCAUUAGAGUCAGUGAAGCGGUGGCCAAAAAGAGUCAAACCAAAGCCAGGCUCACAGACCCCGUUCCUACCAUGGAAACCUCCAUUGCACCUCGCCAACGACCAAAGGCUGGCCAGGCUCAGCCCCAGCCGAUAUCAGGCAUCCUUCCCAUCCAGCCAGCCCUCACCCCACGCAAGAGACCCAACGUGGCUGCUGGUGCACCCCAGGCCAUAGGCGUUGGUAUCAAUGUCCCGCCACCAGCUCAACAGGCUCCUGCUGCACAGGCCGCAGCACAGCCAGCUCCGACAGCCAACAUGCAGCCACAGGCUACACCACAGCAUCAGCAGCUUCUCAUCAAGCAGCAGCAAGCCUCCGCCUUUCUAAGCCCACAGAGUAACCAGCAGCACCAACUGGUACAGAGCCUCCAGCAACAACAAACCGCGUUGCAGCCGUCUACCCUGCUGCAGUCCAAAGUUAAGCCUGUUCAUCCAGUUAUUGCCCUGCAACCACCACACCAGCAGCAUGUAGCCCAUGUCCAUGAAACUGCAGCUUCUCAUCUGACCCCCAUCCCCGAGUCUGCAGUCGUUGGUCCUCCAGCUGGCCCAGAGACGGCUGGCCGAGUGAUUCACAAAGUGGGCUCAAUGACACCCCCCUCGUCGCCAAAGAUGGCCCCUAAAAGCGGCCACAGACGCAUUUUGAGCGAUGUCACUCACAGUGCCGUGUUUGGGGUCCCGGUCAGCAAAUCCACCCAGCUACUCCAGGCAGCCGCAGCUGAGGCUGGCCUCAACAAGUCCAAAUCAGCCAGCACGACUCCUUCUGGCUCCCCCUGCUCGUCCCAGCAGAGUGUCUAUCAUCCAGGUGAUGCUAACGCCCAAUCGGCCCUUACUGCACCCAGCGCUCAGCCCAGCUGGAACCCCUUUGGGGAUGAUAACUUCUCCAAGCUAACAGCAGAGGAGCUGCUUAACAAAGACUUUGCAAAGUUAGCUGAGACUGCCGCACCUGGAGAGAAGAUCACAGGCUCCAGUGAAAAUCUCAUACCGGGGCUCAAUGCGUUUCCAGCUGAAAGGUCGGCAGACAAGAGUGCAGGUUCAGUGUUGUUGACUGUCCCGGACCCCUUUAGUACCCUCUCUGACACCACAGAGAAGCUGAUUGAGGGACUGAAGUCCCCUGAAACUUCUCUGCUGCUGCUCCCCGACCUCUUAACACCGGCCAACCCCUUCAAUAGUUCUGCAGAGAGCUCCACCAAUGUGAAGGCAGAGGUGUGUGUGGAUUCACUGAUUCCUGGUUUGGAAGCCCCCCAGGCCCAGCGACACUCAGGCCAGCCAGAGCUCCUCCCUGCCAGCCUACCAGACUCUCUCACUGGGGAGGACUCUCUGCUGGGUUGCGACCUGUUAUCUCAUACUUCUCCUCAUGAAAACCAGUCUGUUUCUGCUCUCCCGUCCUGCUCCUCUGCUCCUCCUGGAUCCGGCUCUGGAUCCUGUCUGGAGGAGCUGCCGCCUGGUCAGACAGCUUCUGACUCUGCUUUUCUCAUGUCGUGCGGGGAGAAGGGCAAUGAUGACGAGUUUGACCCUAUUCCCGUGCUUAUCUCCAAAAACUCAAAUCAAGGUGGUCACUCGCGCAGCAACAGUGGCAGUUCAGAGUCCAGCAUCCCCAACAUGGCACGAUCCCUUCUGCUGGUGGAUCAGCUCAUCGAUCUCUAGAGGGGGUGGGAGAGGUUGAAGGGGCAGUGUGCAAUCCUAACAAAAGGGAUGGGGGACAGGGGGAGGGUGGGGGAGAUGGGGACUCUGAAUCACUUAAUGUAGCACCUUAUGAAGUGAAACAAAAGGAGCCAGCAUAGAUUGGUUCAGUUGAAUCUUUCUUUCUAUGUGCCUCCUUGGCCUCAACUGCUGGCUUCAUAUAUCUCUGCUGGCCAUUGACAUUCCCACGCUGGUAAAAAAACAACAACAAAAUCAAUAUUUUCUUUUACGCCUGAGCAUAUCGUCUUGCUUCUGUCCCGGCUACACCAUGGUCUUCCUCAUGCUUUCCUCAUACUCCGCAUUAAUAUCCCUCUUUGAGUGCACUGCCAUGGUGAUCCACUUUCAUCGUCUGCACAUGUUAAACUUGCUUGAUCACAGCUGCAUUGUGUUCAGUUUGUGUACUUGUUCAGGGUUGAAGCUUUGUUUGAACACUCCAACUUCAGGCAUGCUCAUUUGUGUCAGGGGUCUGACCAAAGAGUGAGGAGUCAAAAUGCUGUAGACCACCAGGUUAAUGUGACGCUGCACUCUCCCGUGAAAGCUUUAAACCGAACUAUUGACGAUCAAAGAUUCACCCAGAGGGAACCACUGAGAAAAGUUGGCACUGAUUGAACCAGUAAACCAUAAACCAGUAAACCAUAAACAAACAAAUGUCAGCUUUGGGAGCUCUAAAGAGAUUUCUCAAACUGUUGUGGUUUACGGUUGUGUGCAAGGAGAAUCAUUUCACUCUCCAUCAUCUUAGGAAGUCAGAUCUGCUCUAUUCUAUGCGAUUACUCAAAUACACAGUAGAUCACGCUUUAACGUUAUCUAAGCUAACUUAGUACAUGCUGCAGCCUCAGCAUCAACGGAAUAUUGAUACCUUUCUCUGGAUGUUAAGCCGGGUAUCUUAAAACUACACCUUUGAAUCUGUCUGUCUGAAACUGGUGAACUCAGUGUUAACGUGGCUGAUUAAUUCGGCGCCUUUGCCAUGGCCGGACGCUUUCUUUGUCAGCAUUACCGACAACACUUUGCAAGACCAUUAAUAGUGUGUGUGCAUUUUAUACAUCUUUUUACGUGUAAGGUCAUGAACUCAACAUCAUAAUUUUGACCCAUAGUCAAGUAGGGCUGUCUUCAUUAAAAGAAAUUCUUAGUCGACACCCAUAUGAUUUUGUCGACAGAUCUGUGCGCUUUGAGUGGUUGUUGAAACUAGACAAGCGCAAAGUAAAUGCAGUUCAUUUUACAUCUGUAAAACUGUGUUUUUCCACAAAGAAUUGUGCAAAAGUACCACUUUAAAUCUUGUGUUCAGCCAGAAAUGGUAAAGUUCUUAUGAUCUUCUUGAAAAUAAGUCCUUCAGCCUGGGGAAAAAAAGAAUAAAAAAAUGACUAAUGGAUGAGUAGUCGACUAAUAGGGCGCAGCCUAUUGUCAAGAUAAGCACAGCGGAAACAAAAAGGGAAUCAAGUGAUUUGACCUGUAGCCUUGCCAAAGCCAAAGGAAAGAUGUUAUUAUUAUUCUGUUUGCCAUGUGUCGGGCUGCUCCCAGGGUCAGUGAAGAAUGAGCAGAUUCUUCUGGCAGCAUACCACUUUUACAGAGAGGGGGGGUACAAUAUUGAUUUUAUUGUAGCAAAUAUGAGACAUAAGUAUUCAAGUUUUAACAGCUACUAAGUCCAAAUAUUUUAAUUUGAAAGCCAUGCCUAUUGAAUUUUUAAAUUUGUUUUGAAUUCACCUUUUUGGAAUUAAAAUUAGGUUUCUUGUUUUGCAAUUUCAGAAGCUGAAAUUGAAUAUAUUUUUUAGUUUUUAAUGGUCACAAAUUCAGAUUGGAAAAAUUCAAGUUGAAAUCAUUCACAUAGCAACAGCUGGGCUCCCUGGGACAGGAGAGGCUCCGGAGCCUGAAUGCAAUCGAACGUACUCUGGCCUAUCAGAGCCGUGCUGGUCAGUCAUGUGACCAACCAGCGGGGCCCCGGUAAGUCGUCCGGUUUUCAACUUGAAUUUUUAGAUCUUUGAAUUGCACCAAUUGAAUCGGAGCCACCAUAUCUUCAAACACUUAUGCUUCUUGUUUGCUUGCGUGACAUUUAGUAGUAGUUACUGGGCUGAGAAAUGAGUUUCACAUGGACAUCUCACUCCUUCUGACAUCCUCUCUCGUCUUAUUUAUCCAAUAUAUUCCUACCACAGACGUUGAGGGCGUUUGGCUUAUGUGACAUCCAUUUCAGCCAAAGGAGAAAUUCUAAAAAUAAAUCCUUUUAUAUGUCCACUUAUAAAAUAUCAAUUUUUGCUUCUUUUUUUUUUAGUGUGUACUAUUUAAAGGGAUUUAAUUUAUCAUGGUAUGAAUAAAAAUGACUAUUAUUGAUAGCGCUUUAGACUUGACUGUAUGAACUGAGUACCAUUAUGUAAUAUGUAAAAUUUCUAAGGCUAUAUAGAUCAAAACAAAUACUUAAAAGUAAAAAGCUGUAUUAUAGAGUGCAAAGAUGUUGACCCUCUCUGUCAAGCAUUCAGCUAGCGCUUUUGUUUUAGAUCGUCACCAUCGAUACAAACGUGCUCAGGACUUACCUGACUGGGUAGGAUUUUAUUUCUCCGCCGCAGUUCGUUAUGUAACACCGGUAUUUGUCAGUUACUGUAUGUUACUGGGAGAGAUUUGAUCAAACAGGCAGCAAAACAGGGUUGUGGCUAGAAGGGAUACAGCUACGGUGUUUAGCUCAGAAAAAGUGACUGUGUUUAGGCACCAAAACGACUAGAUAAGCUCAGGAAAAGGAACAAACACGCGUUUCCUGUGUAAAAGUAUCAAAAUUAUAUUAUUAGAUUAGAUUUUGCGAGAUUUUUCCGUACCUUCCGGCCGUUGCUGUAUCCCUUCUAGCCACAACCGCAAACCAGAGCUAAUGACGGAAUGAACUUCCUGAUAUCUCUGUAGCACCUCUCAUCUGAUAGCCGCUCUCUUUUGUUGGGCUAAUGAUCUUAAGAAAGGCUUGUGCAAAUUGGAAAAAAAAACAGCCGUAUAUCACAUCUGAUUACAAUCACUUAUCACAACUGACUUUGCAUUACAAGUAUUACCUUUCACUUUGGCUUUUCUCUGGCCAAGGAAGGUCUGUUGCAAAGGCACAAGUCUCUUUUUAAGGUCCAUAUAACCGUAGGUAUGUACAUAGAAACAGAAAACACUAAGGUAUACAGUAUAAGCUCGAAGUUUGGGACAUAAAUAGUUUCCUCCUCCAUCCAGUGUGACACAUUGUAAGGGUUAGUCAUCGACAACAGUAAGAAUUGGCAUGGGUAAAUACAACUAUGCUUUUUUUCUUUCCAUCUAAUGUUCAGUUAAGUCAUUUGCAUUUUUGUGGCUAAUCUAUGCAAUCCUACGAUAACACUGCAUGUUCUCAUCCGACUCUAAAACGCUGUAUCCUGUAGAGUUCUUGCCUUGGCCGUAGAGUUUGACUUGUGUUGCUGUGUGAAACAAAUGUACUCGUUGUGCCGGUUGGGUGGAUAUGGUGGCAGGUAUAGAAAAUCCUUUGAUUAUAUCAAAAUGUUUGACAUGAUUUGGCAGAUGUUUUAUGUCAAAGCAGGACCUUUGUGGAGUGUGUACUUCUAUUUUCAGGAAUUAAGGUUCAGGAAGAGAGACACUAAAUAAAAUUCAUUAAUGUGAAUGUAAA